AUGCUGCCUUAUCAGAGCCUUGAAGAAGCAGAGGAAGCCCUUGGCAGAGCUCUAAGUGUUGCAGAGAAGCUAUGGUUUCAAUACUCAGCUCAGAAACCUGAUUUCAUCCUCCAUUGCCAUAACAUUCUCUUCGUGAUGUUGUUCUACACCUUAGCUCCUCUGCCGUACGUGUUCAUAGGGCUUGGCUGGUUCAAGAACAUGGACAAGUUCAAGAUUCAACCGAAAGUUAAGGACUGUUUCUCUAACAUGUUCAAGUGCUACAAACAUGUCAUGCGCACCUUUGUUCUUGUCGUUGGUCCUCUGCAAGUCAUUUCAUACCCCACCAUCCAGUGGAUAGGGAUUCGGACGAGUUUGCCAUUACCAUCCUUGUUGGAAGUAUUUUGGCAAAUAGUGGUGUAUUUUAUUAUAGAGGAUUUUUCAAAUUAUUGGAUCCACCGGAUGCUCCAUACAAAAUGGGCCUACAAAAAGAUCCAUCGGGUCCACCACGAAUACACUGCUCCAAUUGGGCUUGCAGCACCAUAUGCCCAUUGGGCCGAGAUUUUGAUUCUGGGCCUUCCAUCAUUUCUCGGCCCAGCAUUGGUUCCGGGGCAUAUUGUCACAUACUGGUUGUGGUUCAUUUUGCGGCAAUUGGAGGCCAUUGAGACUCAUAGCGGGUACUUGUUACCUUGGACUCCAACAAAAUACAUCCCAUUUUAUGGUGGUGCAGAGUACCAUGACUACCACCACUUUGUUGGGGAGCAUAGUAAAAGCAACUUUGCAUCGAUUUUCACUUAUUGCGAUUACAUCUAUGGAACCAACAAGGGAUAUCGAUCUCACAAACAAGUCCUUGAGAAGGUGAAAAGUCUCUAA